AUGGCUUCAUUCUCAACAGGUGUUUUUACCGAUACAGUUGGGCUGUCAUAUAAAUGUGGCGAUCUAUCCGGAACCACUUCUAGCCCGAACGGUCAAUUUCAAUACUAUGAUGGGGAUGACAUCUCCUUCUCUAUCGGGUCCCUUCAGUUAGGUGUAGCUAAAGGACGGCAGAGACUGAGUGUCCUCGACUUGGUCGACAAUCCUUCACUUAGCAAUCCAAAACUUCUCAACAGGGCCGCCUUACUGUUCAGCCUUACUCCGUCGUUGGGUUUUGAGAAAGCCAUACAAAUAAAUGAUGACAUUCAACACACUGUCUCGAACUACGCUCAUGAGAUUAAUCUCGAUGCCGAAGACACAAGAGACGUGUACCAGGUCCUCCAGAAAAUUGGUGCCGAAAUUGGAAUACCGGUCAAAAGCAUACCACAUGUUCGGAACCAUCUUCGACGAGCUAUCGCAGGAUUCCGGGUCUUUCGUGACAUCCAAAUUCCUGUGAGAGAUGGAAACUAUGUCCUUGGAGAUAUAUAUUUGCCUCCGGAGGGAAGACUUCCAGCUUUGGUCAGUUCAACAGUCUACGGCAAACGAGUAGUGUAUUCCGGGCCAAGACGCGAUGAUUACGACGAAGUAGCGGCUUUCGAAAAGGCAGAAGAUGACUGGCAUUCAACUUCUGCCGACACGCCCCUGCAUAUUCCGAACACAGGCCCUUGGUUUGGAACAUGGACUAAACAGAGAGUUUAUGAGACAAUAGGGACGUUCAAUACAUUCUACUGGGUUCCACGAGGAUAUGCCAUGGUUAAGAUCGAUCCUCGGGGGGUUUCACAAACACCAGGGACACGAGGUGUUCUCGUAUCACCCCAAGAGUCGAGUGACAUUAGUGAUGUCGUAGAAUGGGUUGCAAGACAACCAUGGUGCACUGGAAAUGUCGGCUUGGCCGGAAACUCGUACGGGGCCAAUUGCCAAUGGCCUUCUGCGGUGCGAAAACCGAAAGGACUCAGAGCUAUUAUUCCUUAUGCAACGGAUGUUGACUUGUACCGGGAUCUUGGAUAUGUCGGGGGUAUCUCCGCGUGGAACUAUCUCCGCCCCUGGAGUGAUGGAAUCAACGCCGCAUCGCCCCGGUGGCCAGCAGCCGAGGAUCUAGUGACUACCUUUGCCGGUCACCCUUUUUAUGAUGAUUAUUGGGAGAGAUUGCAAUGCGAGAUUGAGGAUAUUGAUAUCCCGGUAUUUAUGGCAGCUGCUCAAAUGCUCAUCUUCCAUCAUCGAGGUCCUUACGAAGCAUGGCGACGGGUUUCUUCCACAAACAAACAUCUACAGAUUGUUGAUUCCAAUUAUUUCAGCUGGCCAAAUGAGGUUGCGGCUCAUAAGUUGCUGCGCUUCACUGAACGUUAUCUGAAAGGACUAGACAACUAUGACUUGGAGAAGGUCGGGAUCCAAAUGAGGAUCGGCGACGGGAAAUGGUAUUGGCGAACUGAAGAUGACUGGGAAAUCCCCGGAACGAAAUAUAUCGACUGGCAUCUUUACCCUGAUGGCAGUCUGAGGCCCGAAACACCGGUUGGGGCACCUGUUAAGGCACUUUCAUAUAUGGCAGACAUUGAACCUAAAUCCGCAAAGGCAGGAGUGAGCUUCCUCUCCAAACCAUUUGGAAAAGACAUAGAAUUGAUUGGCCAUUUUACCGCAACACUCAAUAUUUCAUCGACAUCACAUGAUGCCGAUGUUGUUGUUUCACUGUGGGCGAUAGAUGAAAAUGACCAGGUGGUGAAGUUUUGCACUGGGCCGAAUCUUGAACCGCUCGCUUCUGGUCUCCUAAGGGCCAGUCAUCGAGCGACAGAUCCAGAGAAAAGCUUGCCUUGGAGACCUUGGCACACUCAUUUGGAAAAGGAUUAUGCACCUCUACAACGGGAAGAGGUCUGUGAGGUGAAUGUCGAAAUUUGCCCAGUUGCAGCUCGAAUCCGAUCUGGUUGGCGGCUGAGAGUCGACAUCCUUCCUUCGGAAGCCCAACCGGACAUUCCAUCUUACAGGCCACCCCCUCUGAGAUCGUGGGCGAAAGAGUACCAUGUCAAUGCUAUCAAUACGCUGCACGUCGGAGGUGGCUAUUCGAAUUUUGUCCGGGUUCCUGUGGUUCCCUUGAAGGAAAUCGGACCUCUAAACGAGGUUCCGUAAGUCACGGUUGAGGCAGGUUACUACGUAAGUGGAGAGAGGAUUUCAUGCGUUAUAAAUGAGCUUUUCUUACAGCCUUUCAAUGAGUACGUGGGCCCUGUUUAACAUUUCGAUUCGAUCCUAGCUAGCUGUUGUUAGAUGUUCCGCAUUUGAUCGUAAUUGGAUUCUGACGGUAUCGAAUGAUAAAAGAUGUAUAUGUACUCAGGGUUAGAACUUAUCGGCCGAGAAAAGCUGUAUCAGUUGUUCUACCAACGAUUAGUUCUUGCUUAAG